CAGGAUGGACGUUCUGCGGCCCACCCUGAUAAGGAUUGGGGGGCGAGUAUACAGGAAGAAUCUCAUUCAAGAGCAGGCCUACCAGCACGAGGAGGAGGAGGAGGACUUCUGUGCAGGCCGUGGUGACUGCACAGACGAGCCCUGUGAUGCCUUUGUGGUGGAAGAGACUGAGAAAGGCUUCCAGUGCAGAGUGGAGGUUCCCAGCCCAUUAUACAAGUACAUCAUUGGGAAGAAAGGGGAAACCAAAAAGAGACUAGAAACAGAGACUCGAACCUCCAUCAGCAUUCCCAAGCCUGGAGUGGAAGGAGAAAUUGUGAUUACAGGGCAGCAUCGCAGCGGUGUCAUCUCUGCCCGGACACGGGUCGAUGUUCUCCUGGACAGCUUCCGUAAGAAGCAGCCCUUCACACACUUCCUGUCCUUCGCUCUCAACCAGCCCGCCAUCCAGGAGAAGUUCCUGCAGUUCAAGCAGGAAGUGUUGGAGAAGUGCUCGAAGGAUCAUGGGGUCAGCAGCAGCCUGUUCCAGAACCCUGCAAAGCUUCACUUGACUCUUGGGACGCUGGUACUUCUGAACGAGCAAGAGAUCCGGAAAGCGUGUGACCUCCUACAGCGAUGCAAAGAGGACUUUGUGGACCAAAUUGCUGGAGGCAAACCCCUGACUGUGGAGGUGGCUGGAGUGGAGUACAUGAACGAUGACCCUGCCAUGACGGACGUCCUUUAUGCCAAAGUCCACAUGAAGGAUGGCUCGGACAGACUGCAGGUGAUCGCUGAUCAACUCAUGGAAAGGUUCGUGGCCUCCGGCCUGAUGCUUAAAGAAUGGGAUAGGGUGAAACUGCAUGCUACAGUCAUGAACACUCUCUUCAGGAAAGAUCCAAGUGCUGAAGAGCGAAACAAUGCAGUGACUGGUAAAUCAUCUUUCAAGGAACGGGAGUCAUUUAAUGGCCAAAAUAUCCUCAAGCUCUUCGAGAACUUCUACUUCGGAGAGGUGCAGCUGGAUGCGGUGCGUCUUUCCCAGAGGUUCUCCUCAGACGCCUCUGGCUACUACGCGACGUCUGGGCAGCUGACCUUCUCCUGA